UUGCCAGCUGAGCUGUCUGUUCGUCGAGGCAUGGAAGCCGGUGGCCGUUCAUAAGUUUCAUCAUUCGCUAACUUCUUAGUAUGAGUGUAUUAGGUACAUUAUUACAAUUGGCACAUUUUUUGUUAGCUAUAAAAAUUUGGAUCUGUAGCUGGAUUAAACAUGUUGCUAAACCAUGGGCCCCUUUCAAGGGCAGAGACGUACAGUCAUACGAUUCCAAAUCGUUGAAACGACUUCCAAUUCACUUGGGUGUCAUCAUUCUAGAGGACAACAUAUCUUAUAUAGACAUUGCAAACAUUAUUAUAUGGUGCAUGACACUAGGUAUAUCAUAUAUAUCUGUUUAUGAUAGAAAAGGUGCAAUCAGACAAAACCAAAACCAUUUAGCAGAAGAAAUACAUAAAAGGCAAGAAGAAUUAUAUAAAAAACGGCGAGAAUCAUUUAAUAUAAAUGUAUACAAUGGACUGUAUGAUAGUUCGAAAAAUACAGGAUCAUCCAGUAGUAACAGCUCAGAUGUUCAGCUGCUGUCUGAGGAAGACGGCCAGCUCAGUCUUGUUCAGGUAGCCAAAGAAAUCAGCAAAUCAGUGAAGGAGAAAAGAUGGAAGGUAGAGGAUGUAUCCCUGCAAAAUGUAGAAAAUUACCUACUAGAAAAGUCACGUUUUCCAGACCCUGAUCUAGUGAUUAAAUUUGGUGCUGCAGAAUGUUUAAUGGGAUUUCUUCCAUGGCAAAUUCGUCUCACUGAGUUUUUUGUAAGUCCUUCCCACAGAGGUCUCUCCUACAAGACAUUCCUAUCCCUGUUACAAGACUAUGGGAACACACAGCAGCGGUUUGGGAAGUGACGGCCAUCACACUGUCACAACUCCUGUGUGUAUGUGUACAGAUACAAUGAAUAGUAUAUUAUAUCAAGUCUGAAUACUCCAGAAUGUAAUGUGAAUCUUGAAAGAUUACAUUUUGAAGGAUGAUAGUGAUAAUGUUUGAGGUACAGAUAUUUUUUGUGUAUUCUUUUAAGAAUGAUGCAUUAUUAAAUGAUGCAGGUUAUUUACAUACUGUGCACAACUACAAAUACUAACAAAAAGAAUUUAUAUUUUGAAUUAUACAUUUCAUUAAGCCCAAUGGUCAUAUAGAAACAUUUGUACAAGUUUACGUCGGUCUGGUCUUUGUUUUGAAAAUGCAGGUUCAUUCCUUAUUUGGAUCUUAUUGACAUCAUCAUGGUGUUUCUUUAUACAAUCUGGAGAGGUUUGUCGAGUAAGUUCACUUGAUAUGUAUAAUUUUUAUUUAGUAUCCCAAAAGGUUAUCAAGAAAUAAAAAUUAUCACUUUAAUAUACAGUGGCAUCAAACCCUAAUAAAGAGGAAAUGGUUUAACACUGAGAAGGUAACGGGACUGUAUGAAAAUGCCCGUUGCAACUAUGCUUUUAUCAUCUUGUAACGGUUAAUGAAUGUUUGACAAAAUUGUCUGGGACACCAAAUUUUUGUAAUAUUUGUUUUUGUAGUUGAAAUAGUCAGAAGAGUUUGAAAUCUGUUUUAAAUUAUGAUAGGCAAUAAGACAAAUACUAGAAUCGACAUUGAAUUACAAGUCUCGUGUUAUUAAAAAGUUCCGUAAUCAACAUCUGAGCUUGUGAUCUUGUCUUAUUUUCUGUUUUCCGUUUUGAUGAGCAGUAAGCUCACAUUGAAUUGUAUGAGUGCCACUUCAAAUGUGGAAGGAAUGAUUGAGACGGAGUGGUUGUGCUUUUUUGCCAUGCUGAGUGGGCUUCUUCAUUUAAACUGCUGUUGAAUUCCACCUGGGGUGGCAAUUGACGUGAAUAUACUUUAUCUGAAACUUUUAUGAAUCUUAUUGCAGAAAGAUACGUUGGGUCAAUAAAGACUCUAAAUAUCGACAAAGUA